CCACAGCGUUUUACUUAAUUACGUGUUUUUAUUUCCUUCCUCAAGUUGAUUUCGUCGCUAAGUACCUAAAGCUUGCUGCCUACUGCCUAGUAAGUAGCAGUAGCUACCCAUCUCUAUUGAUAUUGUCUCAUUUGAGUGAUAUUUCAUAUUGAUACAUCUUUUUUUUCGCCCUGAAGUGGGCUAGUAAUGCAAUUGUGCAACAGGUGUAUUUGAACCUUCAAGCUGUUUUAAACGGCCCAUGAGUUCAUCAUCGCGGAGAUGGUGAUAUAAUGACACCGUCAUUUAGCAGUUGACACUUAGAUGGAACUAGAUCGUCCAAUGAUGACAAAGUUGGAAAUAAAAAGCAAAUUUGACGCCGAGUUCCGUCGUAUCUCGUUACCCAARACAGACGUUGGCACUUAUGAACAAUUCAGAAUUCUUAUUGAACGUUUACAUAAGUUAAUUGAAGUGCCAUUUGUAUUGUCAUAUACKGAUCCAAAGGAUGGAGAUCUAUUACCAAUCAACAAUGAUGAUAAUCUCGGACGAGCAGUUUUAACUGCCAAACCAUUGUUAAGGAUAAUUGUACAGCGUAAAGGUGAAAGUCUUGAAGAAUUGAAUGGGUAUGGUACAUAYAGGCCUCGCAAUAUCAUAUCAUCAAUUUUGGGUGGUACACCUAGCAAAGCAAAACAUCUUUGGAUAUCAAACCCUCAGGAUUUUCGACAGGUGUCCGCAAUUAUAGAUGUAGACGUAGUUCCAGAUACAUGUCGCCGAGUUCGACUACUUAAACAUGGUUCAGAACGACCAUUAGGUUUCUAUAUUAGAGAUGGCACUAGUGUGCGAGUUAGUCCUUCUGGUGUGGAAAAGGUUCCUGGUAUUUUUAUUUCCAGAUUAGUUCCAGGAGGCUUGGCAGAAAGUACUGGGCUUUUAGCUGUCAAUGAUGAGGUCUUAGAAGUUAAUGGUAUUGAAGUGGCCGGCAAAACUUUGGACCAGGUAACAGAUAUGAUGGUAGCUAAUAGUCAUAACUUGAUUGUUACUGUAAAACCAGCUAAUCAACGAACCACAAUGUCAGCACCCCGGCGAGGUUCUUUAUCAAGAACAUCACAGUUAUCUAGUGGAUCACAACAAUCAGCGCAUAGUGCCGCUACCACAGUUAACACCUCUGAAGAAGAUGACCAAGAUGAAGUGGUAGAUUUGACUGCAGGUUUAGCUUUACAAGUAGCAAAUGAGUCUACUAGUACUGCAGACCCAUAGGAAUAAAAGGUACUUGUCACUUUUUCUCAAGAAAUUAACCAAGUGUCUAAAAAAUAAAUGAGCUUAUGAUGAGCUUGUUAAAUUAAUAGGACAAUAGCAUUCCAAAUAAAUUAAAUAAUAAAGAGUUAGUUUUAUUUAUGAUGUUAGAUCAUUUGUCUUCCACUUCAUGUUUUAAAAUGUUUAAUAGUCAUAGUGUAGUAUAUGUGUUUUAUAAAAUAGUUAAACUCAAACAAUUAAUACUAACAAAUUAUUACAGGGUGACAUUCAAUUUAAUACUGCUCUAAGCUAGAUAGAUUCUAUUAACUGAAAUAUUUCAUAGCUCAAAUUAUACAUUAAAAAAAAUCUUUGUGGAUGUUUGUUUURUGCUAACAAUUUAAAAUUAACAUUUGAACCAAU